AAUUGUGGCUCAUUUCAUUAAUUUAAAACCUUUUGGAAUUCGAUAUCUUUAACUGGCUUUUUUAGUAGAAGUUGCCCAUAUUUCUAAGGACUUUGGAGUCCAAGAAUACUGUUUUUCUUAGUACUUGUUUUUCUAUCUUAGCAGAAUGGCACGUAAAGGGCAGGUUUCCAUCCAAGACACUUUGGAAACCAAUGAAGAUUUUGAAAACUAUAUACAUGCACACUUCAACCAGCUUAUCUGCAUGGAAGUUUACUCCGACUUUUGCGGGCACUGCUUGGCUACUGGAAAUGCAAUAAGGAAGGGCAAAAUGGAGAUAGGAAUGGACGCGAUAGCUAUGGCUAAGGCCGCGUCCGACAAUAUCGACGUGUUGUCGAGGUUCAAGGGUAGAAGUGAACCAGUAUUCCUCUUUAUUUUUAAAGGAAAGCUAACUAGAGCUAUGUUUGGAGCUAACGGUAUAGAACUGUGUCGUAUCAUAGAAGAAGAGCUGGGAUACGUGAAGAAGGAGACCGAAACGGGCGUGGAGAGACCUAAACGGGAUAUACAAGAAAUGCUACCCGAGGAGGCUGUGAAACUUGAAGAAGACCUACUCAUAGAGAAGGAAAUACAGCAAGCGUCUGAAAGGCUUCGGACCCUCACAUUGGCUUCUCGGAAGAAGAGGGUCUGCGAAAGACUAUCGAGGAGCGUCCAAAGGCUGAACUAUAUACUUUUCUGGCCUCAUUGUCAUCAGGCACAUUAUGAUUUGUAUGAGAAAUGGGAUAUUGUUAAUAUCCAGGUGGCUGCCAAGGAUACGUUCCAGCUGAAACAAGAGGAUGUCAAGGAGGUGCUGUACAUGAGCGAUGUGGAGCCGAAUGAGGCGUGUGUUUAUGCUCUACUGAAGGGGGAAGUGCUGGUGGUGCUAUUCAAGAUGUUCGACACUGAUAACAGGAAUUUUAUUAAGCUAAUGCGCCACGCCCUCUACGAAGAGAUCCCGGUGCCUAAAGAGGACGUGCCUCCUGAGAAGCAAGUGCCCCCGAUACCAGCUUACGAGAGGUACGCCACCAUCAGCAAGACCGCCAGGGAGGUGCGGCGGGAUCGGUACAAUGUCAGGAUGCAGAAACUCCGCGAAGAGAGAGAAGAACGCGAACGUCUGGCCGCAGAACAAGCGAGGCUGGCAAGAGAGGCGGAGGAAGAACGGCUAAGGCAAGAGAAGCAGAGACAAGAAGAGGAGAGAAUGGCUAGGAUUCAGGCCGGGUUACCAGCUGAGCCGGAGCCAGAAGAUGUUGGAGAAGAAGGUGUAGAGGGAGAAGAGAAAGAAGAGGGGGAAGGAGAAAAGGAGAGUACUGUGGCGGUGGAAGAGGAGGAGGAGAAGGUGGAACAAGAGGAGGAGUUCCACUCGGACGUGGAGAUCGAAGACGAGGAGUACAUACCGCCGGGAGGUCUUUUUGUGCCCGGACUUUAUUCACCACCGAACGAGCUGGCCAAAGCGAAUGCCUUGGCGUUCUUCUUCCCAAAGAUAGUGCAGGAGCUAGCAACCAUAGAGUCUGAAUACCUUCCCCCGCACGUGCUAGUGAUGUUCCCCAUAGACAAGAGGCAGGAAGUGCAAGAGGUCAUAGCUCAGUACCCAGACGAAAUUUUGGCGACUGGCAUUUUCGUCGGGGAGGACCUUCACAGCGCCGAGCAUAUAGCGUACACGAUAAAGCAGUACAACAAGAUGGAAAGACCGCGGAGACAUAAGGACCGACUUGCCCUGAUGGUGUCUCGGCGGCGGAGUCUCGCUUUGCUGCAAUUAGCGGGUUUGAAUCCGUGCUACAUAAGCAGCGACCUGGACUCGGGCGAGAAGGACUGCCUAUCCCUCUUCCCCGUCGGCUAUGGUGACGACUACGAGGAAGAGGAGACGUUGCAGGAGGAAGAAGUUGAAGAGGUGGUUGUCGCGGAGCCUGAACCAGAGCCGGUGGUCGCGGAAGAAGAAAAAGAAAAAGAGGAUGAAGACGACGAGGAUUGAAGAAUCUGUAAUUUUUAUUUAAUUAUAGUUUUAUUGUUAAUUAGAUGAUAGUGCAAGAAUUAUUUAUUU